AUGGAUCAGCCUGGUCCCGAACAACAACUGCACACGACAGUCAUGGAAGAAGAGAGCACGAAAAUAGGCCCAAUUUCCGAAACCGCUGGACAAGAUGCUUUGCCGGCAGAAUCGUCCGACCUUGCCAACAAGGCAGUCGCACUUGUGCCCCAGAUUUCCGCUGAAGUGCCAGUGCCAGAGCCAACUACUGUCCCGGGGACCACAGAGAAAGCAUUACCACCCGUGAAACAACCGAACGAGGGCUGGAACGAUUGGAUCCCAGCAGCCCCUCCGACUGCGAAAGUCAGUGAAGAGCCGCCUCGAACUGCAGGCCUUCCGGACAACCUUCCAGAUGAAGAGUUCUGGCGGAAGGCAUUGGAGGCAGCACAGGCAUUGGAGCGGGAUAAUGCGGAGCAGGCCAAGGUGCUAGAUUACCUGUCACGGAGCGUGCGAGAUCAGGCUCAGGUUGCCCCUCCUCUGACAACAGCCCCGAGGGGGUCUGCCGAUAGCCGGAGUGCUGGGCUUCGUUCGGAGACGAAUCUCGAUCUUCGAGAGCAGCUCAUCGAUCGGAGGGAACGGGAGUUCGAGAGGCGUGAUCGAGAGCUUGACCGACGAGAACGAGAGUUAGAACGCAGAGAGCGAGACCUUGAGAGGAGGCAGCGGGAGUUCGAGCAGGAACGGUCACGGGCAGCCACUUCUAUUUCUUCUGUCGCCAGAGGCUCUUCAUCUGCUGGUGUUCCGCUCCUGGGACAGGCGGUCGAAAGGCUCAGAAAGCAGGUCGAGCGCGACUUAUUAGCGGAGAGGAAGAAAGCGGAGGCACGAGAGGCAGAGUUGGAGAGGAGAAUAAUGAAGAGGGUUAACGAUGCGUUGGAGAAGGAGCGCCAGGUGAUGCAGAUGUCGGAUAAUGAGGUCCACGAGAUGGUCAACGAUACUGUUGGGUACCUUCUCCAAAAGGACGAAGAUAUCGCGGAUCGAGUCCGUUUCCAGAGCCUUCUGCACCUUACCCAGGAGAAGCUUGCCUCGGAAGCUGAACUUGCUCUUGCACCCGGUUCCGAAUCCCUAGCCGUUUCCUGGAGGCUGGCUCUCGGACCCUCAAUCGUCACCGAGGAUCGAUAUGACAAGGCGCUCAAUUUAUUCAACGGGCGCUUCUUGGAUCCAGCGACCACGAAACUUGUCACAAAUAAGCCUGCGAUGGAAUACAUCGUGGAGUAUACUUCUCACCUAAGGAAAGAAGGGGCAGAGAUGGGAGAGCACAGUUUUGUUCCGGGUAGGAUAUCGAGGGAGGCGUACCUGGAGUCUGUGGAACGUCAAGCGAAUCAGCAUGGGAUGAAUAGGGAUGCACUUGUUGCUCUGGUGGACUUCGUCUGUUUACCGCCACCGCCACCUCCAGUAAAUGCAGAGGCGCUGCCAAAAAGCGAGUAG